AUGGCGAAGCGCACUCUCGAUGGGUACUUCUCCUCGACGCCGAACAAGAAACCACGCGCCGAUGAGCCUCUACAAGGACCGCCAGAAAACGACUUUUCCCCGAGGUCUAUAGCCAAGACGACAAACCAUCCCACAUACCCCUGGCCGAUUCCUCACCUGCCGAGUCAUGUCGCAACGGAAAUCGAACUGCUAGUCACCGCCCAAGGCAAGGAGAUCAGGGACCAACAACACCUGGACUUGAUAUAUUUCCAACCGUUUAUCCCCAAGUCAAUCGAAAGGGAGCUCUUCAACUUCUUCCGCUCCGAGCUCUUCUUCUACCGCGUCAAAUACACCAUCAAGCGGUUCGGCAAAGAGACCCUCAUCAACACGCCACGAUUCACCACGGUCUUUGGGAUCGACGAGACGAGUCGCUUCGCAGAUGACGGCCUGCGCAUCGUCGAGGCUUCAGACCCUUCCAAGACGGUUCGCAGGGAUAAGUAUAGGUGCCAACCACGGCCGAUCCCGGAGUGCCUGGACCUCCUUCGCCGGGUGACUGAAGCCAACACCAACACCAAGUACAACUUCUGCUUGGUCAACUAUUAUGCAACAGGAAACGACAGCAUCUCGUUCCAUAGUGACGAUGAGCGGUUUCUUGGUCCCGAGCCAGCCAUCGCAUCAUUCACGCUAGGAGCAAAAAGAGAUUUCCUGAUGAAGCAUAAGCCUCCCAAGGACGGCAAGCCGAAGCUGCAGACCAAGGACAUCAAGCUGCCGCUGGCCAGUGGCGAUAUGAUUCUGAUGCGCGGCUCGACACAGUCAAAUUGGUUACAUAGUAUUCCGAAGCGAAAGGGCCCCGAGGCUGACAGAGGUCGAAUCAACAUCACUUUGCGUCGCGCUUUGAUCCCUGCUGGCACGGAAAACUACUAUCGAUAUAAUGUCGGAGAGGGGGGAGCGUAUAAGUGGGAUAGCGCCAAGAAAGAGAUGAUGCCCCUGGUUGUCAAGAAUGGAUGA